AUGGCCGACGCUCCUCCCUGCGCCGCACCUUCGAGCCUCGCCAAUCGUUUCGCUCGUCUUUCAGACUCCACACUGAACUACACGAUGGCCGAGGUGGAGGCAAUGAGUCUGCAGGAGCACGGUCAGUUGACCGUCACCUUUGGAACGAAGGUACGAGGCCGUCGUUUCGAGGAAGUCCUCGAGACCGAUCCUGCUUGGGCGAAGUGGUGCCUGGACCACCUCUCCGAAAGCACCAAGCAUGCCCACAAGGUGUUCCUUCGCUAUGUGGAGCGCGUCGUGGAGCAAGCCGAGGCCAUCGAGACCGAGUUGAUUGUGCCACCGUUCGGUCACAGCCCCAAGAACGACCGAGGACCAAAAGCUGGACCCAAGAGUCGAGCUGCUCCUCGUCCGAAAGCAGCAGCCGCUGCCGAGGACGAUCGCUGGGACAUGAUCAGCGAAUCCAGUGCGGUUCUUCAGGUCGAAGUGAACACCCUGACCGAGCGCAUGAGCCACAUGGAAAGCAUGAUGCAGCAGAUCGUCCAGCAUCUGAGUGCUGUGACGAGCCCUCCGGACGCCUCAUCCGAGAAGAGCCUCGCCCCAGUCCUCGAACCAUCGCCGAAUCAUCCCAAGGAGAUCACACUCGCCCAGGCUGCUGGCAAGCUAACGAUUCCUGACCGUAAGCACUUAGAGGACUUGGGUUUCCCCAUCUCCGAGGUGAUAAAGACCCAGGAGUGUUCCCAGCGCGACCAAGUGCGUCGCCGUCUGGAUGUACCGUUGCAGCAGCCCGUGCACGAAAUCACCGAUCUGCCUGUAACACCCAUACUUGUUCCCCCGCAGCAUAACGUGAUAGCAGCCAUCAGUCAGGCUUUGCCUCAAUAUCAAGUGCUUCAAGUCUUUGCAGCCCUAGGCGGUAAAAGUCUGCAUCAUCCUCUUGGUGCAUUGCCCUCUCCCGUGGCGCCUUGGCGCAUCACUUUCUGUUCUCGCCUGGAUUCCCAGGGUAACAUGAUGUACCAGUGUCUGGGCACGGACCAUCGCACCACGAUGCCGAGCGAGCGUCGUCGCCAGCGGAUUGCACCCACAAGUUUUAUGCUGACUGUGUUCGCUCAGAAGAUUUCGUCUGACAGUACGGAAACCUCCAAUGCUGAGUCCACUUCUGUGCAAUCCAAUCGCACGACGGCCCCCGACCUGGAGGGUUGGGGCCCUCCGCCGGUGCCUCUUCAUGGCCCUGCCUUCCGAAGUCUGACCCGAGAGGAUAAGCAGCAGGGGAGCAACCAGCUUUGGUGGACGCUGCGUUGGACUUUCAGUGCGAUGUAUGCUUGGAAUCGACCGAGCCACGGCAUCAAAGGCCAGGCAAGCUUCCCGAGCCCAGAGAUUUAA